AUGGCGCGGUGCAUCAUUGGGGCUCGGCGGGUGACCUUUUGGAGUAUGGAGCAGUUUGCCUGUUUGUUAAGAUCUUUCCACCGGAAUGGUCAAGUUGUGGUGAAUAAAAAUGAAUCCAGUCAACGUUUCGCGUCACUCCGUCCUUUCCUCAUCGACCUUCCGUAUUCGGCGGCAAUGAAAUUAUUAAUACGCUUAUUUAUGUUAUCUUUCCACUUUUAUCAGUUUGUAUGGUGUGUUGCUUUAGUUGGAUAUUUUAUAUACAUAUAUAUAUUUGUCAAGGUGAUUGGUUGUGCACCCCAACAGCUUUUGUUUUUGUGUUCAGCACGCGAGGGGUGA